CCAGAAAAUGUCGAUGACAUCUCAAGAAGUUAUUUCUUCCUCUUCCGGACUUAUUUGGAAGAUCUAAGCGUGAUGAUUAUUAUGGUCGAACGCUCCCAAAUAAUGACAAAGUUUAAUACUCGUGAUUAGCCACAAAUGAGGAACGUCGUACUGGGAUCGAAAUUCACGGAGAGAGAAAACUUCCGCUUUUAAGCGGAAGGAAGUGGAUCUGCAUAAGAUAUAGCCUUGGACGUUAUUCGAUCUCGAUCUAAAUCGUUGGAUCAAGAGUCUGGCAUGUACGGUUCCACGGAAAGUACAGAUCCGUUUGAUUCUGGAGUCACGGGAUCAACGAGAAGCAGCAAUGAGCCACUAUUUAGUCCUUCACCUCCACCUCCUUACGAAGAGCGAAGAACUUUCGACAUUGGAUCUCGGGAAUUCAAACUCAAUAGGAUAAAUCUCCUAUUUGCAUUUGUUGUGGUAGUCGGGGAUGUUGGCCAAGACAUAUCAUUGCAUCUUUGGCUCAGCUCUGCCAAUGAAACGACAAAGAAGUGCCAAGAGAUAGCUAUCGACAGUUACUUUGUAUUAUCGUUUGGUAGUCUGUCGUCUUUCGUGAUCUUUGGAUUGGGAGCUUUGUUUAUUCGAAUCGUUUUUCCCCGACAUCUUGGCGAGACGGAAAGGAGCUUUCCACAAUUUUCCUUAUUUUUAAUUGGGCUCUGUAGUGCUUUGAACGAAGUGCUUGCAGUGUUUGCUAGUGGAACAACAAGAACACCGUUAUAUCUCCAAAUUAUUCUGGGGAUUUUGAUGAUCCCUUUAACAGUUCUAUUCAGGCGCCUGAUUUUGAGAAAGAAGCCAACUCGUAGAAAACUGCUAUGUGCUGUAGCUGUUACAAUUGUGCCUUGCAUUUGCGGGCUCACUCCACUGAUGAUAUGUCCGCAGCUAAAAGUGGAUUUUGAUCAAACUUCUAAAGAAGAGAAUUCGUCAAAAGUGUUAUGGCCUUUAGUUUUUAUAAUAACCUUUGUUCCAGCGACCAUUAUGAACGUCCUGGACGAAAAAGCAGUGAAAAAACAAAAUGAGAUGUCACGGAGAGGAAUUAACUUGUUUUAUUUUUUUUGCUGGACGUCCUUUUAUCAGCUGAUCUGUGUUGUGUUGAUGUUUUGGCUGGAUAUUCUCCCGGGGUUUGGAAAUGCGCGUUCAAUUCAAAAGAUCGGAGAAAAUUGGCAGGUUGGAGUUAAACAUUUUUUUGGCCGGGAAGCAAGCUGCGAUGCCACAUCAGGCAUCGAAGGAACUUUCUUUAUUCUCAUGAACGUUUCGUCCUUUGUUGGAGGAGUUAAUCUACUGAGACACGCCGAGGGAGCCACUUGGCUGGCUAUCAUAGUGUCGCUUUCUAUACCACUACGAUUUAUUUUUUGGUCUCUGUUCAGUGAGAAAUCACGCAGGUGGCAAUGGGAUCCACAUCACUUCUUAAGCGCAGGGCUUGGUUUAGCUGCUCUGUUGUUUAUGAUUCCCGCCACUGUAAUCUACUUUAAGGGGAAACGAGAAACAUCAGUUGAAGAUGCCGAAAGGACUGAAAGAUAGAAGGAACAUAUUAUUUUAAAGGGGAGAGAUUGCUCAUUGAUACAAGCAGAGGGACUUUAAAAAUAAUAAAAACAUUCUAUGUAAUGUCUACUCAAAUUUGGUACAAAAAAAUCCAUGAUAUGUUUCUGAUUCAUAACAUUUUAGUACCUGCAUCAUUCAAACCCUUAAAAUGUCAGUCAAAAAAGAUAAAAUGAUCCUGAGAUAUCCUUUCUUAAAUACUAAAAGCAUGCGUUAGGAGAAUAAAUGAAUUUGAAGUUCAA